UACGAGCGGUACGAUGUCACCGUAGACGAUGCGGAGGCGGAUCGUGCGACGGAAAUCAAGAUAUUCUCUAUCCGACGCCCGCACAUGCGAGCCUUUCACGUGGCCUGGUUUUCCUUCUUUUGGGCCUUUACCAUUUGGUUCGCUCCCGCGCCACUACUAAAAGAAAUACAAAAGACACUCGGAUUGACCAGAAAAGAGAUUUGGACGAGUUCCAUUACCAACGAUAUCACCGCCAUUUUCUUGAGAAUUUUGAUUGGCCCCUUGUGCGACGUCUACGGCGCGCGCUUGCCCAUGGCGGCCGUCCUGGUCCUCGCAUCGAUUCCUACCGCCAUGGUAGGACUCAUUCAAUCGGCGGCGGGGCUUUCCGUCACACGCUUCUUUAUCGGUAUUGCCGGAAGUUCCUUCGUCAUGGCACAGUUUUGGCCUUCCCGUAUGUUUACCCGGGAAUUGGCGGGCACCGCCAACGGGAUCGUUGGUGGUUGGGGGAACCUGGGGGGUGCCUUUACACAACUCCUCAUGGGCACAAUUUUGUUUCCGGCUUUUCGGAAUCUGUACGACGGGGACUCGGAAAAAGCAUGGCGCGUUAUUUGCGUCAUUCCCGCUGCCGUCGCCUUUUUGUGGGGUAUCGCCGUCCCGUGGAUUUCCGACGAUGCCCCGAUGGGAAAUUAUGGAGAAAUGAAAAAGCGUGGCGCCAUGGAUCGAAUUCUGAUGACGACGGCCCUCCGACAGGGCGCGGUCGUCAAUACGUGGAUACUGUACGUCCAGUACGCCUGUUCCUUUGGAGUCGAGCUCGUCAUGAAUAAUGCAACCGUGCUCUACUACACGGAUGAGUUUGGAUUGAGUACGGAAGACGCGGCGGCUCUCGGUUUUAUUUAUGGUUCCAUGAAUUUGUUUGCUAGGGGCAUGGGUGGAUAUCUCUCGGAUCAGCUUAACCUCAAGUUUGGCCUACGGGGUCGCUUAUGGCUUCAAACCUGUUUAUUGGUAGUCGAAGGCAUCGUCAUCAUUAUUUUUCCAUUUGCUGAUACACUCAGAGGAGCCAUCGUUACCAUGUGCAUUUUUUCUAUUUUUACGCAAGCCGCAGAAGGUGCCAUUUUUGGGGUGGUCCCAUACGUGACCAAAUUGUAUUCGGGCUCGGUUUCGGGUUUGGUCGGCGCUGGAGGCAAUGCCGGCUCCGUCAUUUUUGGUCUCGGAUUCCGGUCGCUUUCGUACCGGCAAGCUUUCAUCAUGAUGGGGUGCAUUGUGAUCGCUAGCUCUGGUUUAAGUGCCUUCAUCAACAUUCCGUUGUACGCGGGCUUACUCUGGGGUAAGGACAAUCACUCCGUUAUU